GCAUUUGUCAUAUUAUCACAUCGCGGUCGUGUGUGUGCGUCACUGCAAGUGUGCUGAUAAAUGUGAAUAGGUACUGGGCACUGGGUGCUGAGCAGUAGUACAUUUUUCUAUAAUUUCGUGAUAAUUCGUUCUGAUUAAAUAAAUGAAUAUGCGGUAACAGAGUACCUUAAACAUUUUUUUCAAUAAUAAAUAGAACAUUUUCUAGUUACAAAAUUUAAAACUCGUAACUGGGAAUGCCUUUUUUCAAAAAUGAUCCUCUCGCCAAUGAUGAAUAUGAAGUCAUCGGUGAAGCGUUUUGGCAGACCCUGGAAAUUCCCGGAGAAGAACAAAUUUUAAAAAUAUAUGGCUACAAAUAUUCGAAGAUGCAUGCCCUCGUUUUCCACUCUAUAUGUACAGUAUUAUGUGGAGUCCCAUACAUUGCAUUGCUGUACUACCCAAAGUACAAUCGAUUCAAAUAUGUGAAAUGCAGUUUAAAAUCAGCAGAAAAGAUUUGCGUGACAGAUUCAGAUGGAUUAUUUUAUUUAGCACAAAUAGAUGAAAUGGAUCUCAAUCUAUCGAAUCAUAGAGAAAAUAAAUUAAGAUAUUUUAUUUACCAGCAUAAUCGUUACAUUUGGUUGAGUGAUCAAGGUGCCUUUGUUAAUGUUCUCGCUCUCAACGAAAAACUAACUAUAUGUAUGUUGAUGGAAAAUCUAACAGGACUCAACAAGAGACAACAAAAUGAAUUGCUGAAACUUUAUGGUGGAAAUAGUGUGGAGGUAAAAGUAAUGAGUUACUGGACCAUCUUCAUCAAUGAAGUCUUUAAUCCAUUCUAUUUGUUCCAAGUUUUCUCCAUUGUUCUUUGGUCAUUGGAUGAGUACUAUCAAUAUGCUACUUGUGUGUUCAUUUUGUCAACUGCGUCAUGUGUAACAGCACUGUGUCAAACAAAACAGAUGAGUAUCAAAAUUCACAAAAUGGCUGGUGGUACUAGUGCUUUUACUGUAACGGUUCUGAGACCAACGCGUUCUGGACGUGAAGAAUGCGUGGUGAAUGCUAGCAGGCUGGUCCCUGGAGAUGUAUUAGUGAUACCAUCUGAUGGAUGUGUAAUGCCUUGUGAUGCGGUGAUUCUGACGGGUUCUUGUAUUGUUAACGAGAGUAUGCUAACAGGUGAAAGUGUACCAGUUAUGAAAGGCCCUCCGUGUUUGUCAUCUGAAGUGUAUUCUACAGAAGUUCAUAAACGACAUACACUCUAUGCUGGCACUCAUGUGAUACAAACCAGAUUUUAUGGUAAUAACCAGGUUUUAGCUAAAGUCGUAAGGACCGGAUUUUACACAGCUAAAGGAGAGCUUAUAAAAAGCAUACUGUAUCCAAAAGAGGUCAAUUUCCAGUUCUACGACGACGCCGUUAGAUUCGUAACAUUCAUGUUCUCCAUUGCUGCGCUUGGCAUGGCUUACUCCGUCUGGUUAUACGUCCUGCGAGGGAGCUCCGUCAGUACGAUAAUGCUCCGUACAUUGGACAUUAUAACCAUAGUGGUACCGCCUGCACUACCCGCGGCCAUGACAGCCGGCGUAGUUUACAGCCAACGCCGCUUAAGGAAAAACAAAAUAUUCUGCGUCUCACCGCCGAGGAUCGUGAUUUGCGGGAAAUUACAAGUCAUGUGCUUUGAUAAGACUGGUACUUUAACUGAAGACGGCUUAGACUUCUAUUCGGUAAUUCCUUCAAAUGAGGGCGAGAAAUUCGGGAAACAAGUGGUGAAUGUGACGGGGCUGCCGGCUACGAGUCCUCUACUGCAGGCCCUGGCUUCGUGUCAUUCCUUGACCAGCAUCCAAGGCGAGCUUAAAGGAGAUCCGCUUGAUUUGAAAAUGUUUGAGUUUACACGAUGGGUACUGGAGGAGCCCGGCCCAGAGAACACGCGGUAUGACAACCUAACACCGUCUAUAGUUAAACCCGUAUCGCCAACGGAGAGCACACAGAAUCUUGACAAUUAUGACCCUUACACAAUGGAAAUUCCGUAUGAGAUUGGUCUUCUAAGGAGGUUUCACUUUUCUUCAUCCCAACAAUCUAUGGGAGUUAUCGCCCGAGUGCUUGGACAACCACAAAUGGUGUAUUUUGUUAAAGGAGCGCCCGAGAAGAUCUCCGGCAUGUGCGCCCCGGAAACCCUGCCGGAAAACUUCAGCACAGUACUUAACGAAUACACAUCGAACGGCUUCCGCGUGAUCGGUCUCGCUCACAAGAAGCUUGACCGUAAAAUGAAAUGGGUCGACGCCCAGAGAAUCAAAAGAGAUACCCUCGAAUGCGAUAUGGUCUUCCUAGGCUUCCUAGUCAUGCAAAAUAGCCUGAAAACCGAAACUACCCAGAUCAUAAGAGAGCUACACAUGGCCAACAUGAGGCUGGUCAUGGUCACAGGAGAUAACAUCAUGACGGCUAUGUCAGUGGCCCGCGGAUGCUUCAUGGUGCAACCGCAACAGAAGAUAGUGUUGAUAACUGCAGUGCCACAAGCGAACGACGCUCAACCUCCACUCACCAUGGAAGUCGUCGGAGAGAGCGGACCACCAAAGUUACCGAUGGAUUCUUAUGUCAUAGCUUUGGAAGGGAAGACUUGGCAAGCAAUACGAACGUACUAUCCAGAUUUAAUGCCGACUGUAUUGAAAAAAGGUAUGGUGUUCGGUCGCUUCGGUCCGGACCAGAAGACGCAGCUGAUAACCGCGCUGCAGGACGAGGAGCUGACGGUGGGCAUGUGCGGGGACGGCGCCAACGACUGCGGCGCCCUCAAAGCCGCGCACGUCGGGAUAUCGCUCUCCGAAGCCGACGCUUCCGUGGCGGCACCGUUCACUUCUCAAGAGCAAAACAUCACAUGCGUCAAACUGCUAGUUCUAGAGGGACGUUGUGCACUCAGCACUUCAUUCGCAAUAUUUAAAUAUAUGGCUCUGUAUUCGCUGAUACAGUUCUUCUCAAUUCUUAUUCUAUACAAGCACCAUUCGACCCUGGGCAACAAUCAGUUCCUGUACAUCGACCUGGUGCUGACGACGCUGCUGGCGCUGUCCCUGGGCCGCGCAUGUCCGGGCCCGCGCCUCACGGCCGCGCUGCCGCCCGUGUCGCUGGUGUCGCCCGUCAGCCUGGCGCAGCUGCUGCUGCAGGUGCUCCUCGUGCUCAUGGUCCAGAUCUCGGCCAUCUACGUGCUCCACGGCCAACCUUGGUUCAAAUCCAUCGAAGGUGGACCGAACAUAGAAAAUAUAAUGUGCUGGGACAACACAGUAAUAUUCAUCACGACCUCGUUUCAGUACUUGAUCAUGGCCUGUGUUUACGCCAACGGCUGGCCGUUCCGAGACCGCUUUUACGCUAACUAUUCGAUGGUGCUAUCGCUGGUGACGCAAACCUCAUUCGUGAUACUGCUGUUGAUGUGCCCCUGGUCGUGGCUCGCGCAUUUCAUGGACAUCAAAAUGUUGGACCCCACAGAUCCGGACCAAAAAACUUUCCGUACUUAUCUGAUGUUGAUACCUUUCAUACAUCUGAUCUUGGCUUUUACUAUAGAAAUGACGUUGUCGAAUUCAGAAAAAUUCUCGAAGCUGUCGAAGUUGAUCCGGAGACGGUGCCGGGACAAGGAGGACGCGUCAGUGGAAGGCGCGUGUCCGCUGUGGGCGCCGCCUGCGCACGUGUGCUGACUGGCGCCGCACGCGCCGACCGCCUGCCCCGGACUCGUCCGCAGCUAGCACCCGGCGCGCCCGCCCUCGCGCGGUCCACAACGCGUUAAAAGCAGAUCUACACGGAGUCAGCUACUGACUCUAAUUAAAUAUUCCCACUAUACAUAUUAGAAGAGGGUCAGCGUUAAUUAGUCCAGUCAUUUUAGGCCAAAUUAAGUAAAUAUCUCGUCAAAUCGACGUACCACGUAAUAGUACAUUGUGCACCAAGGGAGAAAAGUAGGACAUUUCCUCCCGUGUGUAAAAUUGGCUAACUUGCGGGAUGGGAUGUCCUAUUUUAUUCCCGCGGUGCACAUACAUUUUUUUUUCCUACCAGGCCGAAAGUUCGUGGAGUACCGAGCAUACUCUUUAAAAAAAUAAUUUCUGUUUUUUUAUUUUUAAAUAAACUACUACUAAUUGAAUAAGAACUGUCUGAUGAACUCAUCUUUGCUUAAUACUUCACUAUUAAAUUUUAUUGCCUUUUGUUUAUUUCACUUUUACACUAAACACAAUAUUGCAAAUUACUCGAGCACAACAAUGGCGGAGAAUUUUAGGUGCGUGAGAGCUGACGUAGACACUAACGCGCAUGCGCACUUGUCAGUACUCAGGGAGGAAAAGUUACACUUUCUUCCCUGUACAGCGGGACGAAAACCGAACUUUCGGCGUAGGUAGAAGAACAAAUUUAUAUUACCACGUAAAAACUUGUAUUCUGGCAUUUUCAAAAUUCACAUAUUUUUAAAAUCAGGGGUCAAAGGUCACAAACGUUGAGUUCAAGGUAAAAAAAAAUAUUAAAUAGAAAAGUUGUGGAGAAUUUAAUUCUCUGCAAUAUUGAUAAUAAAUUGCGUAAAACCCAUAGAAACCGAGAUAUUUGCAAAAAAAUGUAAAAAUAAUCGAGUUUGUGAACUUUGACCCCUGACUUUAAAACUUGCGACCAUCCAAUUAUAUAUGAAUUUUGAGAAUAGUUUUAGGAUGCCGAAAUACAAGUUUUAAUUUGUGGUCAUAUACUGGGUAUGUCGAUUUUCCGAGAUCAACCCCCUAUAAUGACUGGACUAACUGGCAACACGAGACGCCGAAUGUGAAUAUUGUCGGAUCUCGAACCCAGCGCUGACGCCUGUAACUGACUCCGUGUAAAUCUGCCAUAACUAGUAAUGUAUCAUGGAAUUCAGUUCUCAAUAAUUUGUAGUCAAUGAUGGCGUCGAUCCGGCGUCCGUAUUAAUCUAAUUCAUAGGAUAACGUGUAUUUAAUAAGAUGAAAUGUUAAAUUCAUUCCUAGGAGCGUUAUUUCGAGGUCGUAAGCGUGACCUAUCACAAAACUAGAGUUACCUAUGGGUGUCGUGUGUACAUGUGAAAUACUUAGACGGUAUUGUGUAUACUUUAUCUUAAAAUGAGUACUUACACGUUUCGUUGUACUAUUUAUUUUUUAAUCUGUAUUUCGGUUGUUUCUAUUUUUAUUUCUUCGUUUAUUUUUUUUACGUUUUGGUGCUUAAUAAUUUAUUUAUUUCGUGCUGUGAUAAAAAUAAUGCCAAUUUAUUGAAAGUCGAUAUUUCGAUACCUUACUUACCCUUUAGUUACAAUACUAUUGCUUAAUUAAUAAAGCAGUAGUUACUUUUUUCUUUUUCUCUACUCAUUCGCUGGCUCACGGGGUCAACUUUAGAGAAUUUGUUAACACUGCCCCUAGCAGGAGUAGUACUACGCAGAAUCUACCGCCGGAUUAUAAUCACGACCCACUGAGAAGAUCCGGCGAGCGAUUCAGUGGAUUAAUAGUUACUUAAGAUAGCUACAUUGAAGGUCGAAUUUAAAAAAAACGGCCCAAUCAAUGUAUUUGCAUUUCUUAAUAAAUUGUACUUACACUUUUAUAUGAAUCGUACUCCGUACUGAAUUGUUAAAAACAUGAAACUAAAGAAAAAAAACUACAUAGGGUUCGUACUUAAUGCAAUUAAAUUUUACAAGUUUUUAUAAACCGUAAUGGUUCCCAACAAUUUAACUUUAGCUACAUCGGCCAAUAUUUUUAUUUUUCCCAAACAUAUCCUAAAUGAUUCUCGGAUUAUCACAUUAAUCUUAAUGGUUAGUUAGUGUCUUUAUUAUUGAUAAUUGUUUAGGUUCUGAGUUGUAUUUCUUUGUUCCUUUCUCAUACGUAUGUAUGCUUGCGUUACCCAUAACGCAGGUAAAUCUUGAAUCUGCUAAUUUGUAUUGACCAAUUAAAUAAUCUGAGAAUCAUUUACUUUGUAAAAUCAUUACAUCAUACUAACCGUGUCUUCUAAAUCUUUGCAAACUUUUCACUGACGCUUUCUUCUGUUUUAUUUCGAAUAUGGCGAAUUAAAAAAGAUACCUCAAUUUAUUUUAAUAAAUUUUUAUUAUUAAAAUUUACAUAAAACGUUCACUACUACUAAUUUACAUUAAAAUUUAUUCUUGCCUGUCAACACUUAAUUAAUAUAAUGUAAGGCCUUGUCCUACGUGAGCGACAAACCGAAGCGAUACAGUUUGACCGAUGUUUGAAAAAUAAUCUAUUGAAUAUUUUUCAAUAGAUUUAUACUUAAUAAAAUUAUUUUUUAUUAAAUAUACAGUAUAGGGAAUUUUUACUGAUUGAAUAAGAUUUAGCAGGGAUAUUAGGAUAGUAACAACUCUUUGUUCAUUUGUGAAAAUAGGUCGAAACAUGUGACACAAAAAUCACGUGUUUUAUUGAAAUUAGUCGCACUGCGUAGCAUCGCUAUUGUUCGCCCACCACCGCCCACCUAGGACAACAGGUAAACCAUCUUGUGCGUGAUUUACGUUAUUUUCGUAAUUAAUAAUAUCUUAGUGCCAAACAUAAGGUAAUGUGCAUGUAAUAAUUUCGAAUAAACAGUGCUAUUCAGAGAGAUUCGUUCAAUAGAUGAAAUUCUAUAAGCACUUAAGCGACUGUUCGCGGAUCGAUCGUAAUAAUACGAUGGUCCCUUUUAAUCAUUUCAAAUCAAUAAAUCGUCGAUAUUAUUCGAUUGUAAACGAUUGCAUUAAAAUCGAUUUUCCGUCAUAAUCGCUCGUCACUAUUUAAACCAUGUGCGGAAUUGGUACUUUAAACAAUUUCGAAAUACUAUUUAAACGAAUCCUUAUUUAUUAACACCUGAAAAGUACGUACCGUCAAUAAUUCAAUUAUAAACGUAAUAUUAAUGUGUAUACAACAGUUUUAAUAUUUUAAUGAACUGGGUAGAUUUUUCACAUAAAACAAUUCGAAUUAUGAGUCGAAGUUAACGAACGUAUUAUUUAGCCAAAGUUGAAAUUAGAACGAAUGAAUGAUGUAGGUAGAAUAUUGUAGAAGAUUGAUAGUUUAAUUACGUUAAAUUAAUUGCUACCGUUCGGUCGGUUGUCAAUAAAACUGAAAGUAAAGUUUAGAACGAACACCCCGACAAGGUGAUAAAAUAUGUAUGUAUUAAAAAAAAAUAUUACAUCAUGUAAGCAUUAAGUCCUAGUUAGUUUAAUUUAUUGGUUUCUGAUGAUCUAGUUGAGCAAUUUACGAGUCAAACUUCGUAAUGGAAUAAUAACUCGAUUGUUAGUCGAUACCAAUUUACAUAUUACGUGUAAUUGUUUGAAAGAGGUCCAAACUUUUUUUGACAGAUUAUGAUUUGAAAAAAAUUAAUAUGUAAUCAUAGUAAAUUGUUGCAUUUUCGUGUUUAUUUCCUUUUUUUUUUUGUAACAUUUAAUUUUCGAAUGUUUGUUGACUAUUUUUACGUCUUUUAUUACGAUAAUGCAGUUCAAUGUAAUCUUGUCGCGAGAUUUAGAUGAAUGUGUUGUGUGACCAAGAGAAAUCGAAUAAAAUAAUAUUAAUAUAA